UGCCCUAUAGGGAAAUACAUUACAAGUACAAGUUCUGAAACUUCUUAACAGGGGCUUCAUUUGGACAUGUUUUGAUGAGGCAUCUUGGUGCAUAACAUAUCAUUUAAAUAUUAUUGUUCAUGAACUUUCAUCCUCUUAACGCUUCUGUGUGCCAUCUUUUGUGUCUCUGUAUUUGUGUGUCUGUGUGCCUGUUGUGUGUGUGUCUGUGUGUGUGUGUUUGUGAAGUGACAGCGAGAUGGAGAUUGAAGCAGAGCACUAUACCAACGGAGUUGUUGAGGGCUCCUCAGCGCGGAUCAUGAAUGGCACAUACAAACACGAAGAGAUCCUUCAGCCAGAUGACAACAGCAUUGGCAAUGGGGUCACAGAUGAUGGUUGCAGUAAUGGCCGACAGCUCUGUGGAGGGAACCAGGCCGCCACAGAGAGGAUGAUCCAGUUUGGACGGGAGCUACAGUCGCUCAACGAACAGCUGUGUCGCGAGUAUGGCAAGAACACCACACACAAGAAGAUGUUACAGGAUGCAUUCAGCCUGCUAGCGUACUCGGACCCCUGGAGCUGCCCGGUGGGCCAGCAGUUAGACCCCACCCAGAGAGAGACCCUCUGCUCCGCACUCAACAGCGCCAUACUGGAGUCCCAAAACCUGCCUAAGCAGCCUCCACUGAUGUUAGCGCUCGGCCAGGCCACAGAGUGUGUUCAGCUCAUGGCCCGAGUCCGCUCUGGCUCCUGCUCAUUCGCCAGAGUAGACAACUUUUUGCACUAGCCCAGGUUAAUGUUAAGUAGCACUGAGAGAAGGCAUGUCCUGCAGGUAGUUGUCAUGGCGACGGAGGAGAGAGCAUGCGUGUGAUUGGUUUGUUUGGCUGUCCAUCUGACCAAGCCAGCGGCACCGACAGAGGAGAGGCGAGCGGGAGAGAAGAAGGCUUCCUUUUAAUUUAGUAUUAUCAAAUAAAGAAAUGUGUGACACUAUUUAAAGAUAAUUAAUUAUUAUUCUGUUUAUCUAGCCAUUUUUAUAGUUCUUUUUUGUCAGAUUGUUGUGCUCAUCCUCGACAAAACAAAUUGUUAAUCCCCUUUUUAAUUGUUCUUAUGUUUUAUCGCGUGGAUUUUGAUUUCCUACGGUCAGUAUUUUAUUCAAUUUUGUGUUGUUCACCAUAUCACAAACCACAAUACACACAUCUUGUUACUGCGGUAACCCCCACAAUUGUAAGUCAACAGUUCCUGAGGCAUAUUAACCUCAUCUUUGAUACAGAAGACAGAUGCUGAACCCUUUAUCCUUCCAAAAUACUUGAAGUAAUUAUGUCUUGUAUUACAUCCAGCUGUGGCCAGCAUGAAAACACAUUUGAUUGUGUGGAGAUGCUGAAAGAAAAAAAAAAUAGACUGAUGCAAGACACACGUGGGCCCCUCAAUUAUUCCAGAGGUUCAAAAAUAAUGGCUUGCAUCCUGUGUAAAAAAACUGAAUUGAAGGACCUCUGUAGAGAAGAACACUGCCAGUAUCAAGGGGGACCAUUUUAAGGACGGGAUUACAUUGGAAUAUUAGAGGUGUUGAAGCCUUAAUUUUACUGUAACGACCAGAGCAUCGACCAAUCAGUGAUGUGGUUGAAGGUGGCAGAGCUCAGCAUCAGCUGCAGCUACAACACCUGCUCAAGAUCCAAUGUAACACUAUUAUCAGGGUCGACUUCAUGCCAGCAGAAAGAAAAUCAGGUUCAAAAGUAGACUAACAAGCACAGGGUGUGGACGGCUAAAAGUCAAGCCCCCCCCCAAGGAUUUUCAUUACAAUAUUCUUAUUUUCUUUCUAUUUUAUUUGGUUGGCCUCCACCUGACCUGUUCUGUACAUGUGCUGUAGCAAUUAUAGUUUAAAACGAAGAGGAAAAAUUAUUUGCCAAAUUCAUUUUAGGGUGAUAAUUGGGAUAAUUAAGUAAUUUCAUUUAUUUAAUUAGGGUGAUUGAGUGGAAACCUCUCAAAGGUUGUUUAAUGUGUUGAACCAAUCGUUUUUUUCACACAGAAACCUCCAUUUCUCUUUCAACCAUAAGCUUAAAGUGAUUAUGUCUUGCCUAUUACUGGACAGGCGGUAAGUUCAUUUAUGAAGCCCAAAGGUGUGUCCAAGAGUGCCUCCCAGUACAUUAACUUGAUAAAAAGAUGAUGAAGAAAGAUCCAGAUUGUUCCAAUAUCCUCCUGUUUUGGAAUCGGUUCAGUUAUAAAAAAGAAAAAAAAAUCACCUUUUGAUUUAGCCCCCAACAACAGCUUUCAGCAAAUGUGUUUAGUGCCCAAACGUUUUUGAUAUUAUAUGAUACAAGACAUUGUGAAAUAACUGAGUGAACUGUAAUUGAAACAAUAAAUUGUGAAAUAAUUUAGUUUUUCAUGCUUUUCCAUAAAAAAUGCCCUCUUUUAAGAGUCCCCCUCAAGUUUCCAAAAUGUAGCCAGCUAGCUCCAAUUAGCUACUGUAAAACUAUGUGGCUGUUUGCUAGCUCCAAAGCCAGAAACUCUUUUUGGUUCAACCAACUAUUUGUUGCUGCUUAUGAACACAAUCCACAGUAACACAGCUGUCUUUCUUUCUUUUGAGCUUCAACAGGGCAACUUAAGCUACCUAGCUGGGCUGGUUUUUGGGCUUUGAAUGACCUUGUAUGAUUAUUCAUAAUAGCAAAUAUUAGCGACAGCAGCUAAUUCUGACUUAAGUAGUUAAUUGAUUCUGGAAAUGUUUCUCUGAGAAAGGAGCACCACUGUUAUGUGCAAAAACACACAUUAUUUGCUGUUGCUAGCUAGCUCCUGUUGGGCCUGAGAUUGGGCUUUUUCGGGAGUGGAAGGCGCUUAAAUGCAUCAAUUCAGAAGGAAGCUGAAAACGGGUACAUUCAGACUGACACUAAGAGAUACAUACACACAUAUUUUGAGCAUUUUUGUGAAAAUAAAAGCAGGUAAACUUGUUUAAGUAGGAACCCAAAUUACAAGUGUAAACCUUUUUAAUGAUCUCCCAGCUUAUCGGCUCUUGUAUAUUUGGUCACAAGAUUGUUUAUUUCACUGUGUCUUGUUUACUUAUCCAAUAUUGAAGUUUAAUAUUAUUAAUUUUCAAAUGUUAUCAUUAUCAUCCGUUUCUGUCUCUGUAUCCGAAAAGAUGAUUGUGUAUUGCACAAUGAAACAAAUUUGACUCAACUACACCUUAAUUCCAGUCCAAUAACUGGGCUUUGAUAACAAAGCUUUUGUUUCACCCCUCAGCUUUAUUUGAAACAUUUUCAUUCUAUUGUUUUUACAUCAGACUAUUUUCUACCAAAUAGAAAUGAUUUAAUGUUUUUGUCUGACUAGUGGCAAACUGUCACUUUGGCUGCUUUGUUGUGACCUCCCAAAUGGCUUGUGGAUCCACCCUGAAGUGUAUAUUUCCAUUUAUAAGAGAAUAGAGAAAUAUGGAAUAAUAUAAUACUGGAGAUGUGUGUAUGCAAUGUGGGGUUUACAACAGGGUAUGUGGUUAUCUUUUUUCCGAGCUGGUUUUUAUUAAGACCUUCAGAUAUAAUAGGAACUAUUCUAAUAACCUCACAUGCAGUACUCACAAUAUCUACAGCUGUAAAGGACUUAUGUUACACACACACACACACACACACACACACACACACACACACACACACACACACACACACACACAC